UCCACCAGACGAGAGAAAAAUGGCGGCGUACAUGUCGUGGUCGGGAAGAAGCUGAAUAUCGUUCAUGCCGUUAGCAAAAGCUGUUUAGCCUAAACUUUCCGGUUCUCCAAAUGUAGGCCUAAUUUUGAUGUUGAUCGUAUUGGAUGAAGCAGAUGGGAGCUAGCUGUACGUAUCUAUCAUGAGUGCAGUCAUGGCAACAGACGACCUCCUGAAGAAGUACCUGGUGGAGGAGACAUCCUGUGGGCCACUGUGUCAGCACCCCCAGUGCUGGGCCUCGAACCGUCGUGUGGAAAGGGGGCUGCCCCGCUUGAGGGAUUCCCUACAGUCUCCAUGGACCGCCAGUGCAGAUGAAGGUGCUUUGCCAACCCUCAAAGUUCAAAAUCUCUUGGCCGAGUCUGGCCUUGGCGGGAGAGAUGACUACACCCCAGCACAGCAGCCAUCGCAUCACCGCAGCUCCUCUGCACCAGCUGUAGAUCUUGACAACAGGCCACAGCAAAAGUUCCCGUACACCCCUUACACGUCCCCCAUGGGGGUGCGGUCAACCAGUGCUCAAUCCCUGCCCUCCCCAUUGCAGGGGCGUCAGCCCGCCAAAGCCAAGUCGGUGGAGGUGAGGGAGCUCUUUGACAUGGACGAGCUCAGCAGCGACUGGCAGAAGACGUUCGUCCCCUCCCGUGUCUACGUCUGGUGCCCUUCCAAGAAGGCCUAUGAGAGACAGCUGAGGAAAGAGGGGAGCCAGACUCCUGCUACAAAUGACCAGAAUGACUCGUCAAAGCCAGUCACUUUGAAGGACAUGACAGACCUCAUGGUUCCCGAAGCCCCAAAGGACAAGACCAAACGGACAAAGAAAAUGCAGAAGAAGAAGCCCUCUAGGAUCACCCCAACCGGAGGCCGGCCGUACACCCAUCCCAGUAGAUCACCACCAGCUACCCGGAGAGCCCAGCCGGCUGACAUGGACGAAAGUAUUGCCCAGCUUCUGACUCUACCCAGGGAUAUCCUGAUGGACGUGUUGGUGCACAUUCGAAACAGUGAUUCCCUGGACAAGCAGAAAGUGCAGCUGCUGCUGUCGCGACUCAUGCCCCUCAUCCACUUCGAUGCCAACCAGCCCCAGCACCGGUCCCUCUCCCCAACCCCGCUGCUGGCCAGCGGCAUCCUGCAGAACAAGAAGAUGAGCCUGCUCACGCCGCAGGGGGGCGGUGGAGCCGGGCGGCACGGAGCCCAGCCCCAGGCGGGGACGGCAGCCGGCUGCCAGCGGAACCCGUUCUACCUGGACGACGGCCUGGUCGCGGCCAUGACCGCCUCCACUUAUAGUGGCCUCGCUCAGCAGCUGCCGAUGGAGGAAGGGGAGGGGGGUGUGGCUAGUGAGGAGGAGGUGAAGCCGUCCGGUCGGAUGGCCCACCAACGGCCUUUGGGUCCCAUCAGUGUUGGAGUUGGCCGGAAAGUUGUUGGCGCAGUGCCUGAAAGUCCACAGAUCCGGAACAAGCUCACCUCUGUUUCCACCAAGAGUCUUCCACCACUGGUCCCAGGUGCAAAACCCACCAAACCAUUUGACUACAAAGGCACCAAGUCACUGGAUCUGACUCUGGGACCAUUACCCAGCCCUGACCACCAUUCGCCGGAGAAACCCUCCACGCCCCGCUCCGCAAAGGCUUCCACCCUGUACGUGACCCUGCCCUCCGUCCUGUCACCCGACCGGACCGAGAUGACCACGCCCUUGCAGCCCUACGGGCGGGUGUCGGGCCCCGGCCAUGCCGAGAGGUUCGCCAACCAGUACCUGCAUGACACACCCUCGCCGAUUGCCAGCGAGGACUUUCCUGAAUUAUUUUGGUUUGACAAUGAGCAUCCCCUCCAUGCUGUGUCUCCAUCCCUGUCCACUGGUGUGCCCAAGGCUCCCCUGGGUACCCCUGCGACCAACAUCCACCAGCCUUAUAAGCCAUUGUCGGCCAGCCAACACAGACCUGGUCGCUCGCCAAGCCCGACCAAGCAAGCAGCCGGUACCCCGCAUAGGGAGAUCAACCCCACCUCGGCACCAGCUGACCCCUUGAAUGCAGAUGCCCUGGGUACCAUCCGAGAAGUUCACAGCGAGCUCCCCACCUCCUAUCCAGGGACAUCAGCCAUGGACACUAGCCUCCCGACGUCCCCAAUGAAGCACGGCGUGACUCCCGUCUCAACCCCCUGGGGCAACUGCACCAGCAUCACCACGGGCGCACUCUCUGAGGGUGCAGGCCGGUCCCCAGUGCCACCCCUGACUCCUCAACCCUCCACAGCCACCCCAGAACCCUGGCCUGUGGUCGACGAGCGGGACUUCAUGACAUCCCCGGAGAAGCCUCGAGAUGCAGCGCCUUGCCAGGCAGUCAACCUGGCCACUCCCACGGCCCCGCCUCCGUCCCCCGAGCCACAGGAGCUGAAGAACGAAUUUGAGUUUGCUGUCAACGACAUGAGCAAGAGUGGAAUGACGUCGCUGACGCCACUUGUGGAAGAGGGAGAGGAGGAAGAUGAAGAGGAAGAGGUGGAUGUCGGUUGGGGCAAAAUGAAGGAGGCUGCUUCUCCUAGUGAGGACCUUAAAGACAGUGUUGAGGAAGGUCCACGCAAAACUGAGGACAUCAAGGGAGAUGCUGAAAGUAAGACAGAAAAGGGUGCCUUCAUGAGAGAGGACACUAAAGAAGAUACUGAAAGUAAGAUAGGAGAGGAUGCUUCUAAAAGUGAGGACAUUAUAGGUGUUAAAAGUAAGGUAGAGGAAAGUGCCCAGAAAAGUGAGAACGUCAAAGAAAAUGAGAGUAAUAUAAAUCAGGAGGGUGUUUCCAAAUGUGAGGAUGCAAAAGAAGCUGUUGGCAGUGAGAUAAACGAGACCGGAACACAGGAAACCAAACCUGAGAUUGAGGGUCAGACACAUCAAUCUGCUGGUGGUGUACUGCCUUGUUCGGAAAAUGACCAUCUGAUGACCACCUGUGAUGUUACCAAAAAGGACGGAGCAGCAGGUCCCGACCCAGACACAGGAGGUGAGAUUGCUGCUGGUUUGUUGGAGACUGGUGGUGGCAACUCGUUGCGUGAAGCUGGACUGGCGAAGGAAACACCCGAGGUUCAAAUGGACAAGGAUUCAAGUCCAAGGACAAGUUCACAGACGGAGCAAAACAGUGCCGCAGAGGUAGCAGGGGAUUCGGAAACAGUUUUACCCACAGGGUCUCCCGUGGCAAAUGAUACAGGGCGGGAAACUGACGACAACGAGGGAUCCCAUGAUGCACCUGGACUUCCAGAUUCAGACCCCAUACCAGACGGGCAAGACGCAGGGAUCACCACCGAGCACCAGGAGGAUGCGGAUAAAGAUGACGAUGUCCCACCGAACACCCAAGUGGUAGAGAGGCUGGACACGACAGAUAUGUCCAAAGACGAGGGGAAAACAUUGCUUGAUUCAGACCGUGGUGUUGACUGGGGACGUGAGCAAGUCCAAGAGGACAACUGCUCAAGUCCAGCGGAAUGUCAUAAUGCUGAAAAUGAUCAGAAUACAGGCAUUAACAGUCACGAAAUUCCUCGGGAGGUGAAAGAAACCCCUGCAGGAGAUGCAGACCCCGUUAAUGACACUGAAGGACAGAUCUCUGAUUUGGGCAUGGGUAUAACUGACUGCUGAAUGCAGACGGCCUUUUCAGUGAAGAUGGCGUAAUGGCCAUGGGCCUUGAAAAAAUUGCGGUCCCCCUGGCCCAAAGCCGUGUACAGAGAGUUAAGACACAAGUAUCACCGGGGCCUGUUGUUUGUUUCACGCGGAUUCCUGACAUUGGUUCACUGACACCAGGACCCGCCUAAAUGGUGAAUCAGCAUUGAGAUUACUGGUUAUGAUCCAGAGCCGUGGGAAAUAAACAGGCCCUCUAUUGUUGGAAACAAACCGGCAGGUGUAUAGUGCAGUUGGCUCUACUCUACACAAAAUGAACAGCCAUUUUGUCUCCUAAAUCUGAAACGGGUGCUACUCUCUCUGUAAACAGCUCUGACAUGGCCUGUUUUUUUCAGUGUGGGGGGGGGGGAUUUGCGUCAGUGAAUAAGUGUUGCACUCAGAUAUUGAAAACUUGAUGCUAUAUAGCACCCAGCCAAUUUCAGCCUUUCGUAAAAACAGUUUUUUCUGUUUUACCAGGUUUGACAUUGAAUUCACAUUGCAGUGUUUGACAGCGUUGCCACAUGCAUUUUAGAAAAAGUCUGUUUGUGUUGCUUUGCUGACAAAAAUAACACGUUAACGCCAAAGGACACCAGGUUUGGGUUUUAAAUGUACAGUGUACCUGUUGGUCAGUUCUUCAUUUGAUUCCUUUUCCAGCCUUUUUGCUUCUUCCGCAUUGAACUUUGUUCCCCCGUCAUUAAAUCAAAAGUGCACCUUUUAAAAAAAUGUCAUCACAUUUGUUAGCAAUUGUGAAUGAGGAAUUUAUAAAGAUUGAACUCUUAAACAGUUUGAGUGGAAUUCUGUUUACACUUUCAGCCAGAUUUUGAUGAACCAAAAAAUGAAUAAUAUUUUGGCAACAUUUCCAGGGUAACUCGUACUCAUACACAUCCAAAAUACAAACUAUGCCCAAACUGAAUAUUUGAACAUUAUCUUAAAUAAAUUGAGCUGUACAUAUAUUUAUAUGGUUAACCAUUUUUCAUAGAUUUUGUCUUUUAAUAUUGGCUUUUUGAGAGUACAUUUCUAGGCAGCUUUUUUUAGGGCUAAAGUUGCUGUGUUGCCAGAAUUUUCCGAUUGAGAUUCCUCCAAUUCUUUAAACCCUGUUUUGUUUAAGGGCGGGUCCAGUGAAUGGCUAUUUUUGGUUACUUACCCUUCCAAAAGUGUUUUAGAAACGCACAUGCAGCCUCGCCGCUCAUGAAAGGCUGUAAAAAGUUUCAUGAAAAAAAAUCCAAAUUUGUAACCCACCUGAAACACGUGUGGACCCGGAAUGUUCCUGGUUCUGUUUAACUUUGGCAGGAAAAAAACUGUAUGCAUUGCAUAAUUAUUUCAUUUUCCAGGAUGACAAUAGGUCCGAAUAAAUUUUUAAUCAUUAAAUUAUGGAAAUGAUGAGCACAUGUAUAAUUUUUUUUUUCAGAAAAUAAAUGUAUUCUCGCCGAGUUGUCCUUCCAAGCUUGGAGUCCAUUAUUAAGAGUUACAUGUACUUGUAGUUCCGUUUAAAAUGUUGAAUUUGAAAGAACUUAUGGUCGGUAAAAAAAAAAAUACUAACCUUACCCAGAAUGCUAAGUGUUGGCUCUCUCAAUUAAAUAAAAUGGCCGGUAAAAGCACUCAAUA